AUGGCUUCCAACGCCAGAUAUGAGCCCGCUCCCCAGCGGGACUCCUUCGAGGAACCAUCUUACUCCCAGGCCCCUCCUUCAUACCAGGCAACAGCGGAGCCUGCGCCUCGCACCGAAGGCGACAAUCUGCCCGAUGACUUCAAGUUUGGAGGCAACGUGGCGGAGGGAACCAUCGAGAUUCGGAUGCAGUUCGUUCGCAAGGUCUAUUCAAUCUUGACCGCUCAACUUCUCCUCACUACUAUCCUCAGCUCGAUCUCUUUCCUUAGCCAAUCAUACCGCGACUGGAUCAAAGCAAACACCUGGUUGAUGAUUAUCUCCGUCUUCGGCGCACUCGGCUUCAUGCUUGCAACCUUCUGGAAGCGCAAGUCUUACCCCGCCAACCUGCUAUUCUUGUCUGGCUUUACACUUCUUGAGGCAUACUCGAUCAGUGUGGUGGUUUCUUUCUACGAGGUCCGGGUGGUCGUGCAAGCGCUAAUCCUGACGCUGGGAAUCUUCGUCGCCUUGACCCUCUUCGCGUGCCAAACCAAGUAUGACUUCACGGACUGGAUGCCGUACUUGUUUGGCGCGCUGUGGUUCAUGAUCCUCUUUGGGUUCGUGGCUAUGUUUGUCCCAUUCGGCAGCACCGUCGAGAUUAUUUACGGUGUACUUGGUGCGCUCAUCUUCUCGGGAUAUAUCCUCGUUGACACGCAACUUAUCAUGCGCCACUACCACGUCGAGGAGGAGAUUGCUGCUUCGAUUUCGCUCUAUCUCGAUGUGCUCAACCUGUUCAUGUCGAUUCUGCGCAUCUUGAAUGGGGCCAACAACAACAACUAA